GAAGCCCAAAAGUCUCGAAAGCUCUAGCCGGCAAGGAAACGAUGGCGACAACCACCGAUCGUGUCUCUCUUACGUUUUUCCCUCCGAGUCCUUACUGCAAUCCGGCUCAUGAGUCCCUCGGAGUUGAUGGUGAACAGUUUGGAUUUGCAGCUACUCUUAUAAAUGGACUUCAUGACGAUGAUCAAACUGUAGUAGCUCUGAAGGCCCCGUGGAUGAUUCCUCAGUUCAACCAUGUGCUUGUGGGCGGGGAAUCAGAACGACUCUUCCUGUGGAUGACUGACCGUGAUGUGCGUCCCAAACCCUGGAGAACCUACGACGAGUUGCCACACGCAGGCAUUCUGUGGCGUCAGAGGUAUCAUUUCCAGCCAAGACCAACUCAAAUCGGGCAUUACAGGUUAACGGAGUUUUCGAUAGAGGGCCACCAAGAAUCUCUUUACUGGCUUCUGUUUAGACCCCUAAACCCUCUGAUAUUCAACAAUGUGCUGCCACGAUUCAUUUCGCUGACUAAAGAUAAAGGUCAAGAAAAUCCUAAACCGGAUGCUCUUGGAAAAUCGAGGAAGAGACAGAGACAGCUUGAUUCCGCUCCAUCGGCUCACAGUGGAGCAUCUGGUGGUGUCAUAGCUCUUGAAAACCUGUUGCACUUGGCUAGGAAUGAUCCGGAUGGGAAGAUUGGCAAGGUUGCUGGGGCCAUCACCCUUAUGAGCCGUGCGAUUCCAAACACCAACAAUUCUCACUCAGGGCUGGUCAUCGUACCUCAGAAACAGUUGGCCCGCAAAUCAGAUAUGUGAGUUCUUAUUCUUUUACUGCGAUAAGCCACUAGAUUGCAUAUCUUGUAUUGUCUUUCUGUGCUACCUAAGAGAUCCAUCUCAAUAGCGUUUUGAGCUUGCUAUAAGAUUUUCCUUCAUACAUCUAGCUGGAAAGUGGAAGUAAUAUAGGCGAUGAGAAAAG